AUGGAUGGACCUUACUCUCCUACUGUAGAAAGGAAAGGUGCCAGGAUUCCAAAGCCAAGAAAGGACUGGAACGAUGAUGAUCUCAAAAAGAUGCAGCAUGAUGCUUCGGCGAUAAACAUGCUCCAUUGCGCACUUGAUGCAUCUGAAUACAACCGCAUCUCUGAAUGCGAAUCAGCAAAGGAGAUAUGGGAAAAGCUUGAGACUACCUAUGAAGGGACUGACAAAGUCAAAGAUUCCAAGAUCAACCAACAGCUGAGAUACUAUGAGCUGUUUGAGAUGAAUGAAGGAGAAUCCAUUGGUGAGAUGAAAAGUAGAUUCGUCAACAUCAUCACUGAACUGAAGCGCCUUGGUAAAAACUUUACUGAGGAAGAGCAAGUGAAGAAGAUUCUGAGAAGUCUUCCUAGGAGUUGGGAAGCAAAGAAGACUGCCAUAGAGGAAGCUCAUAAUCUGAAGACCUACAAAUUUGAUGAGCUGAUAGGUUCCUUGCUGACUCACGAAAUCUCAGUAAAGAAUUUUGAAGAAAAAGAGAAGCAAGGCAGAUCUGAGGAUAAGAAGCAGAAGGUCGUACUACUGAAGGCUAAUUCGUUUGACGAUGAAGACUCAGACAUAGACGAGAUGGCUAUGCUAGCCAGAAAGCUAAAGAAAAUGUUCAAAAAGGAUAGAAGAUUCCACAAGAAGAAAAUUCAAGACUUCAGCAAGAGGAAAGAACAGAAGAAGGAUGCUGAGACAUCCAUUACCUGUUUCGAGUGUCACCAGCCAGGCCAUAUCAAAGCCAACUGUCCUAAGCUCAAAAAGGAUAGAAAGUUUAAAAAGAAGGCCAUGGUGGCAACAUGGAGUGAUUCAGAGGACUCCUCAUCGUCUGAAGAUGAAGAGUGUACUGAGACAGCUAACAUAUGCUUCAUGGCUGUAGAUGCUGAGACUGUUGAGGAAGCUAACUCAGGAUCCUCAGAUGAGUCUGAAGACGAGGCUGAGACCAGAGCCACUGAACCUCAGGUACAAUCUAUCUUCAUGACUCCCUCUGAAAUUCAUACUGCACUUUUCGCUUUAUAUCAGUAUGCGAAGUAG